AAAUCAGGCCGCGUAUGUUCUUCUCCACUCGAGAUUGCGACUCUCCAUUUUCAUUUUUCAGCGAGAGAUGGGCCUGAACAUUGGAGGGAAGGUAGAGAGAAUCAACGGCAGAGAGCUGCGCUACCAUGAAUUCGUGGACAGAUAUCUUCAGAAGAAUCAGCCUAUUGUGAUAACAGGGCUAAUGAACGGUUGGAUGGCCUCCAAUGACUGGACCACAGAAAAUGGGGCCCCCAAUCUGUCUUUCUUCUCUACCCAUUUUGGGAAAUCCAAAGUUCAGGUUGCGGACUGUGCUAGAAGAGAUUUCACAGAUCAGAAGAGACUUGAAAUGUCUGUAUCAGAAUUCAUCAACUACUGGCUCCAGCUUUCUACUGCAAAAUGCAGUAAUGAUUCAAGUCAUAAGGAUAAUGAUCACACCUUGCUAUAUUUGAAGGAUUGGCAUUUUGUCAAGGAAUACCCAGAAUAUGCGGCAUACACAACCCCACUGUUUUUUGUUGACGAUUGGCUCAAUCUGUAUCUCGAUAGUCAUCCUAUGCAUAUGGAUGGAGACGUGUGUCACGAUAAAAAUGAAAUAAAUUGCUCCGACUACCGUUUUGUUUACAUGGGACCAAAAGGUACUUGGACUCCUCUUCAUGCUGAUGUUUUUAGGUCAUAUAGCUGGUCUGCAAACGUGUGUGGCAAGAAAAAAUGGCAUUUGUUACCGCCUUCACAAUGUCACCUUUUGUUUGAUCAGAACAUGAAAAGUACUGUCUAUGAUAUUUUCGGCGAAGUUUCAGAAGCACAGUUUCCAGGCUUUAAGAAAACUGUUUGGUUGGAGUGUACACAAGAGCAAAAUGAGAUUAUUUUUGUGCCGAGUGGAUGGUAUCAUCAAGUUCUAAACUUGGAAGACACAAUAUCCAUAAACCACAACUGGUUCAAUGCCUUUAAUCUUUCUUGGGUGUGGAACUUGCUCUUGAAAGAUUACAAUGAGGCAAAAGAGUACAUAGAGGACAUUCGAGAUAUUUGUGAUGAUUUUGAAGGCCUUUGUCAGCGCAAUCUUGCAGCUAACACAGGCAUGAACUUCUUCGAUUUCUUCAUCUUCAUCACGCGGUUUUCCUUCGCCAAUUUGUCCCUACUUUACCAUCACGUCAAGACUGAUGAAAAUCCCAUAUGGGUUUCACCCAACAGAGCACAUAAUCUAAUUUCUAACCUGAUAUCUAUACAUAAGGUAGCCACAAAAAUGAAAUCUGUCGAAGCAUUUGCUGGUGUAAAGCAAAGUGCCAUUUCCGACAUUAGAAAAAUCUUGCAGGAGCCUGAGUUCAUUGAGCUGUGCAUGGCACUGAACAGAACAUACGGGUCGAUAGAUGAGCAACAGAAACAAUGUUCUGGAACGAACAAUACAUCUCUCCUUGCCAGAGCUGAUUUUUUGCACUUGGGGUUUGUAGAGUCUAUUGGUUUUGAGGUAGCCGGUCCAGAAGACCUGAUCAGAAUCAUCGAGCAAGCAGCUACAAAUCUCAGUUGCAUGGGUAGCGAUUGGAAUUUAAGUUUGUCAUACGAAUUGAACGAUCUUGAAUCUCCAACUGUCCUAUAACAGAACUAUAUUUCAUUUUAUGAAAAGCUUCCAAAAUUCAGGGUCACUGCUCUGGAGAGAUAUGAAGACCUUUUGAAGCCAAGUGAGGCCACAGCUCGAUUACCAUAAUGGCAAAUGAUAGAUUUUUCGAGAAAUGCUCUGGCAAUCCAUGGUUUGAUGAGCGGUGGCAAACAAGGAACAUUGGCGUGCAUCUUGUUGCUAUGAACAACACUGUCUACUACAAGAGAAGAGUCCCAUUCAAGCCAUAAACCACCAGUGCAGGAGAAUCUUGGAGAUCGCUAGUUGAAGAGGUAUGUAGAGGAAAUAGAGCAUGGGACACGGUAGGCAAUCAAUGCGAAAGAAAUCAAUGUCUACACCAAAGCUGAUUGUUAGUAGCACUGUUUCAUUUCUACUUUUAGUGAUAAAGGAAUGCAACUUUGUAGUGUUGUAUUAAAGUAGAAAGAAAAGGGCGACGGUGUGGCCAACAAGGCGGGUGUAAAUGAAGGAUUCCUUUCUGCAAUCCUUCUUGAAAUCACAGAACCUAACAACGGCAGGCGGGAAGCUACACAGAUCCCAUGUUUGUUUAGAUUCCGAGAAUUUCAAGUCCAUGUUGGCAUGGUUGGUAAGUGUUGUCCAUAAGAUUGAUAUUUUGCAGUUUCUUGUGUAGUAUCUUCAGCCCUCAGGUCCCUUUUUUACCUUAUCAUCAGUAGGGACCAUGGCCCCUCGAUCCAGAUGAUUGACUUGAUGGGGCCCACUAUGAACAUAUCAUGCCCCAAAUAUCAGUUUGGAAUCCUCUACAACACUUGUAGGAAGUGCGUGCAACAGCCGAGCUCUGUGGGUCCCAUCUUGAUAACAGCUCGACGAUCCAAAGCUCCCAUGGGCAGCUUCAUGGGAACAAUGUAUUAUGAUGACUGGAACCUCUAAAUUCACAUGGUGUGCCCCACCUGAGUUUUGGUGGUGGAUUAUUACUGAAAAAUUUCUAAUAUUCUGGUGUCCAUAUGGUAGGCAUGUAUAAACAAAGGUUCCAACGAAUAAAUUGAUAUUUAUCA